CACUGAUCUUACUGACAACAUCAGCGUCAACGGCAUCAACUGUCAAUAGUGUCAAUCAUCAAGUUCGCUUUUUUAUGGGAAUGAGAAUAUUUCCGAGAAUAUUUAAAGUUUUCGAAAAAUAACGAUUCUUGUUGGAAACAUGAAUUAGAAUCUGGUAAUUCAUCGUAUUUAGAAAACCCCAAAGAUGAACGUCUACAACACCAUGCCCAGUCAUGUGGCUGAUAUGGGCAUGGUAUGGAUGGGAACAGGGCAACCAUCUAAUGAUGUUCCAAUUGGUAUGGUUAAUAGCGAAGGCUCAGAAAUGCUCCUGGAUCACCAUGAGAACAUAUAUUACACACCAUCCCAUAACAGCAUGUCCAACCAUUCUAUGGAAGAUCUUCAAGGGGUCCACGGGGCACAAAUAAGCCCUAUGAACCAAUAUGAUGAUGGGUCCCAUCACUACCACCCCUUCUCUGAUGAUAUGAACAUGAAGCAUGAUAGCAAUGACUCAAGCUAUAGUGCAACAGAUGAUAGUCAACAGAAUGUUUAUAUGAUAACCACAGCUACUCAAACCCUGCCUUGUUCCACCAGGAAGAUCAAACCUGUUAAACAUCCUGGUUUAGUGCUGAAGACACCUAUUGCUUACCAGAGCAAUACUGAUCCUUCUGUUAUACCUAUACAGAAAGAUGGAAUAGCUGUUUGUGAAAAAUGUGGAGCAAUAGGUGUUAAACAUGCUUUCUACACCAGAGAGCGUAGGUUUUGCAGCAUGGCAUGUGCGAGAGGCUAUAGUGGCCUUAUACCAGAACCUUUGCCUCAGAUGAACCAGAAUAUGCCUGAUAGUAAGCAGCAUUUUGCCAAAUACAAAUUCACUAUGAAAAUGGAAGAUGAUUUUACAGAUAGCUACCUCGAUCAGCCACUGCCACAGUUGUCUCCUUCACAGAUAAAGCUAGAGGACAAUCAACCCAUAGUUAGAAGGAAGCCAGCUUCGUUGGCAGAUUCUUUUGACUGGGAUCACCUUCUAAAUGACAGAUAUUUUGUAGCAGCGCCAGUAACAUGUUUUAAGCAUGCUCCUAUGGCGGACGUUUGGGAGAAUGUCAUGGUCGGUAUGAAGGUAGAAGUCGAAAAUACUGAUUGUGAUAACGUAUCAGAUGCUUUUCCCGACUCCUUUUGGGUCGCUACUGUGAUGAGGAUAGUUGGCUACAAAGCCCAGCUAAGAUAUGAAGGUUUCGGCUCAAACAAUUCCAAAGACUUCUGGGUGUCACUGUGUUCCAACAGAGUACACCCUGUGGGGUGGUGCGCUACGAGAGGAAAACCAUUAAUACCACCCAAAACAAUAGAAAAUAAAUACUGUGACUGGAAGGACUUUCUAAGGAAGAGGUUGACUGGUGCCAGGACACUGCCUAGCAAUUAUAGUGUUAAAGCCAGUGAAAGCAUCAAGUCCAGGUUUGAAGUGGGCCUUAAUCUAGAAGUUGUAGAUAAGAAUCGUAUAUCUCAAGUGAAACUAGCAAUAGUACAUAAGAUUAUAGGAAAAAGGUUAAAUGUUAAAUACUUCGACUUGCCACCAGACGACGGUGGCUUUUGGUGUCAUGAAGACUCACCAUUGUUACACCCUGUUGGUUGGGCGAAGAAGGUAAACCAUCAUAUUGUGGCUCCUGCAAACUACUUAGAACGCGUUAGUCAGGGUAUUUACGAUGAAGACGAUGCUACCGAGGAACUAUUCAAUCCUUAUCAAGCUGGCACUCCUGAAUACCAUAAUUCAGGUUUUUGCAUUGGAAUGAAACUGGAAGCAGUCGAUCCAUUGAAUCUUUCAUCUAUAUGCGUAGCCACAGUUAUGGAUGUUCUCAAUUUUGGGUAUAUCAUGAUCAGAAUAGAUACCUAUGAUAUGGAUGUCACUGGAGCAGAUUGGUUCUGCUAUCAUGUCAAGUCACCAUGCAUAUUUGCCAUGGGCUUUUGUGAAAGACAUAACAUCCCCCUUACACCACCAAAAGGGUAUGAUCCAGCGAAUUUCAACUGGAGAGCAUAUCUGGCCCAAACUAACAACAGGCCGGCAGAUUCAAGAUUGUUUAACCAUCACGUGCCACAGCACGGAUUUCACCAAAACAUGAAGUUGGAAGCAGCAGACUUGAUGGAUCCUCGCUUGGUCUGUGUUGCUACCAUCGCAAAAGUUGCAGGUCGAUUACUGAAAGUUCAUUUUGACGGAUGGGAAGACGAAUAUGACCAAUGGUUGGACUGUGAAAGCUCCGACAUUUAUCCUGUUGGAUGGUGUCAGAGUGUAGGACACAAAUUGGAGGGACCUCCUCCCUUGGUCUCUAAGCAGGCACCGCAAUCUACAAAAUCGCCGAAAGUCAAGAAAAAAGGGAAGAAAAAGAAAACGAAAGACAGUUCUUCAAAGGCUUCUUCAAACGCCAGCCUGAAGUUACCUAAGGUGGAAUCUACAUGCGAAGAUGACCGUUCUGCAACUGGACACGACGACGAAUCAGUUACAGAGGGCGGCAGUGUUGCAGGCAGCUCCUCCGUCAGAGAUGAAAGCAUCGCAGGUGAUCACUACCACCAUCCACUCCCAGACCACGAUAAAUCUGAGCCUGUAGAAGAAGCUGCCCCUUGCCAACAACCUGUCCUUAUGCCACCUGUGACAGACCCUCAGCCUGCAGUCCCUGUAGUGGCUCAGGCCGCUCCUGUGGUGAAUUCAUCAGUACCUGUGGUACCUCUCACUCCUCUAGUGGUUCCAUCGACGCCGGUGGUUACCCCAUCAGCACCUGUAAUAACUUCACCGGUAAGCGAGGUCACCCCUCCAUCUCCUGUGGUGAGUCCGCCUGCUCCUGUGGUUAAUUGCCCUUCGCCUUUGGUCAGUCCACCUACGCCUGUGGUCAGUCCACCGGCGCCUGUACUUAGUCCGCCGGCACCCGUUGGUAAUACUCUUGCAUCGACCGCGAUUACUACCCCAGAACCACCUCAAGAGAGAAAAGUCACCUCAUACAUCAAUGGAACCACAGCUAGUCCUACCAAAUUGAUUCCACGACUUAUAGACAACUCGGGAGGAUCCAUAGAAACUGGAGAACUGUGCCCUGACAGUUGGAAUGUGUUUGAUGUUGCUCAGUUUCUCAGGGUUAACGAUUGUGCCAGUUAUUGUGAUUCUUUCAGUAAAAAGGUGGACGGCAAGGCUUUGCUGUUGCUAAGCAAAGAAGACAUCUUGGAGCUCACUGGAGGUAAGGUGGGACCUUCACUCAAGAUUUUCGAUCUCAUCCAACAGCUGAAAAUCAAAGUAAACCCCGCACAGUUGCGUCACAUGAAAGCCGCUGCAGGGGGAGUAAAAAAAUUCUUAUAGUGCCUAAAGUGGUUGCGUAUCACACUUGUAUAUACGGUAUAUAGCGUUAAAGUAUAUGUAUACAUAAUUUUUUUCUUUGUAGUUUGAGCAUGUUCUUCAGCGUUCUCAUGUGCUCGUUAUUAUGCCCUAUUCGAUAAAAAGUGGAAUCCAUAUUACUAUCAGAUUUAAGAAAUACUCCGCUCUAAAUAGAUUCCUGUAUUUCCAAAACUCUAGCCAUUUUUAUAUCAUUUACUUAGACAUUACCGUACCUUGCUAGUCAAAAUAUAACCAUAUUUAGAAUUGCUCACAGUCUAAGUAAACAUACAUGUAUCAAUUCAGUGUCAGAGAUAUCGAAUGUGUGCAUUCCCGCUAGCAUUAUAAACUUGAAGAAGUUCUAAAGUAUUAAAAAAACUCAUAAUUUGACCGGCAAACAGGGACUCCGGGCUUCAUACAGGUAUUUGAAGCUUUCAUGAGACAAUCUCAACUUUUUCAUAUGCAUAAUAUAUUGAUGGGGCAUAAGAAUAACUUUCAUGUUUUUCUAAUUUUAAUAUAGUGACUGUUCUUUUGUGGUGCAAAGUUUCAUUCUGGUUGCGCGGAAGUUUUCUGGAGUUAUAGUUGACCAAUAAUAUUCCGGUUCAUCAAAUAAAGCAAUAUAUGUGUGCGACAAUCAUAAUUAUAACGAUUAUCUGUUACGAUUUUAUUGCUGGUUCGUGCAUUUUUUAUUGGUUUUUGAAUGACCCCUCAAGUCGUUUACUAUCAAAAUUGAAUGAUGUUAGUCAUUAUAUGGGAAAUAUUUUUCGUUAAUAAUGGUGGUUGCAUACUGAAUGAAACUUUCCAUAGAUAAGGAUAACUACCAACAUUUUUAAUCAGUUUUUCUCAAUAUUUUCUGAGAUUCUAUAAGUAAGAUACAUAGGUAUUAUUCUGUAAUUUAAUUUCAUUGCAGUAUUUAUGUGUGUAUUUAGUUUCGAUUUUCAUAGCAGGACUGAUAAAUAAAAUUAUUAUGGAAGCUUAAGAGCGAAUUCUUUUAUAUUUCUCCUCUCACACUGCAUUGGUAGCGACAGGAUUAAAUAGAUAUUAUGUACUGGUAUAGAUAUGCUAUAUUAUCUGAUGGACACAAUCAUCCUUAAUGACAAAGCUUACUUUAAAACGAAACUAUAACAAUUACAUAAGUAAGUAAGUAGGUAGGUAAAGUGAACAACUCACACAUGGUGUAAUAUGGAUUACAUAUUAAAAGGUGUUUAAGCUCACAGCGGAACAUCUUAAAAUCGUUAAUUAUUUUGUUAGCAUCAGGGAGACAUAUAAAUUAUUGAGUUUUUCACAAGUGUUGCCUUAGGCAUUAUUAAUUUGUUGUUGUUUGUAAAUUGUUUUCGUCUGACAUUGUGACAUAUGUAAUGUUUCAAAUUUAGAUUUAUUUUUAAAACUACGAGUUGGUCCGUUUUCGGUAGAUAAGCUGAUGCCAAGUUCACAAUAGCACUUUAAUUCUUUCCGAAGGUCUGUGAUGUGCGGUUGAAUUUUUUUUGUGUGGUCCAUUUAUUUUUGUGACACAACUUUUAAAUGGUAUUUCGACAUGAGUGCCUUAUUAGACGAGACCAAUUACCAAGAAAACGGACAAAAAGAGAUUUGUCGGUUUCUGAAAAAUAAACUAUUACAAAUAUUUAUAUAGCUGUAUUGUAUUAUUCUAAAUAAUAGUUAUUUUCUGUUAAAUAUCUUACCCACUAAUAUGAUAGCUACUUCUAUUGCAC